AUGCGACUCCUACCGAACAUCAUCAUCCUUGCCGUCGCCACGGCGGCGAUGGCGGACUACCAAACCAUGAAACUCCCCGUUUACCCCCUCACCAAGAUGGGUUCCCGUGACGACACAGACUCGAACAUCUCACACCGGAGGGACACUUGCGUCACACCAAAGAUAGACUGCAAUGGAGGCUGCAUGCCUGCGCACGCCACCUGCUGUCCCACCAAAGGCUUUUGCAACUCUGGCGAAGUUUGCGACGGUGACGGCUGCUGCCCGAUAUUCAAGAAAUGCUCUGGAGUAGUGGGGGGUUGCGCGUCCAACCAGGAGAAAUGCAAGGACGGCUGCAUGGCAAAGGGCGGGGACUGCUGCAGCGAUGGAAAGUUCUGUGAUCCGGGGUAUACUUGUUCAAGUGGCGGCAAGUGCCGCGGAAGUGGCAAGUCGGACGGCGCAAGCAUGGGCUUCGGCAACUUGGCUGCUAUUGCACUCGGGGCACUUCCAGUCGCCGCGAUGGGUCUGGCCUAG